AUGUCCACAUGGAGAGCCGUACGAACCAAAACAGGCUGUGUGACCUGUCGGAAGCGUCACAAGAAAUGUGACGAGCAGAGACCAUUCUGCAACAACUGUUCGAGGGCAGCCUUGAUCUGUGGCGGCUAUCAUCAGAUAAGCGUAUGGCAGCCCGGCUACCUGCGCUCCCACAAGAAGCAGCGGCCGGUCGCCACACUGCCCGUGACUGCCGAACCCCAAACAACGCACCAUGUCGACUUAGCCUCUCGAAGCCCAUCUAGCUACAGUCUGAGCGACGACGAGUCCCACGCAAGGACGCUUGAAUGGUGCGCAUCGCAAUCCAGCGGGCCGAGCGAUUCUGCCAACCGUCCUACUCCCCCGGGGCGACGUAGAAGGGGCACUUUCCCACAACCAAGAGCUGCGUCUGCUCUAUACAAGGCAAUACCAUGCUUGGCCGAUGGUGUCAAAGACGAGCUGGAACAAGCGCUACUCUUGCACUAUCUUCGAUCGGUGCCCGAGUCGUUCUCCUCGGCCUUGUCCGCGGUCCCUUUUCGGUCUUUGCUGGCGCCAUUUGCUCUGCGCGACAGAGGCCUGUUGUGCACCCUCUUGAGUAUUUCGGCGCAACAUUUACUCAAGCUUCACACCAUAUCGUCUCAGGCGCCUGCCGUCGCCGUCGAGAGCAAGUAUUGGGCACUCAAAGGGGAAUCUCUCCAGUGCCACUCGGAGAGGGUCAAGAAUGUUUGCGCAGACAUCUCAGCAGCAUCUCCAUCAGCCUCAACCCUAUUGCCAACAUUUGUGAGCACGCUGCUUUUGGUGCAGCUGGACAGUCUCGGACAGGGCAAAAGACAGCAUUGGCGUUUACACCUCCUCGCCGCUGCCGAGAUCGGACGUCGACUGUGCCAGUGUGAAGACGAACCGGCCCAGAGACAGGAUGCAGCACUCGCCGACUUGGAAAUGCACCGCUUUGCUCUGGAACUCUAUCGCUACUACGACGUCCUGGCUUCCAUCACCCUCAAUGAGAACGUCUGUCCGCUUACCUCGGACACGUUCAGUCCCUCGAGACAGAACCUACGUCAGGGUCUCCUCUCGCAAGCAAAUGCCGAUCUCAUCGUUCUCUUGAGCCGGAUUAUUGCACUCCAUCAACGUACAAAACACUUGUUUGUAACAAACGGCAACGAGGAGUCGCUCGCCUGUCUCAGUCCCAUCGACUUUGCAGAAAGCCUGGAGUUGUCCGGCAUUAUCCAGAGUUGGGAGGCCUGUAAUCCUUCGCGCGUAGAACGCCUGCUUGUGGACGCCUAUCGCCAAGCUUGUUUCAUUUGUCUCUACCUCACGGUGGACCCUUCCAAAGGUGAAGAUGUCAAAGUCCAAAAGACACGAGAUUAUGGUCUCGAGUGUCUGGAGGCCAUACUGCGUCACAACGAGGAUCUGGAAUGUUCACUGUUUGCUCCUUUCAUGCUUGGUAUUGUAUCGCCACUCCCAUCACAGCAAGAAUUCGUGCGAAGGUUUCUCCAAUCUAAACUCUUUCAUGGGGCCGACAAUGCCCAGGAAACCUUGCGCUUUCUCCAAACUUGGUGGCGCGAAGAAAUGUAUCGCAAACAAAAUUUCAUGUGGACCUGGGAAGCGAAACUGAAUUCGGAGCAAUGGUGCUUGGUGCUAUUUUGA